GCAUGUGGCGCCCCGAGCGAGCUAGCACGGCAGCAAUACCCGCACCCUGGGCACCUCUGCAGCUACUGCUGCCUUGCUCAGGGAAGCAGGGAGCCGGGGCCGCCCUGACCAUGUUUCUGCCCCAGGAAACCAUCCAGCAGCUGGACAACGAGCUGAGGAACACCAAGUGGGAGCUGGCAGCCCAGCUCCGCAAGAUGGCCCUGGACAUCGAAAUUGCUGCUUACAGAAAGCUGCUGGAAGGCGAGGAGUGCCGCAUCGGGUUUGGAAUCGGCCCUUUCCCCUUCCCCGAGCCUCCCCCGAAGCCCCCCAGCAUUCCCACCCGUGUAAAGGUGAAACGUGAGGAGAAAGGCCAAGUGGUGGAGAAGUCCGAUAAGGAAACCGUGAUUGUGGAGAAGCAGACAGAGGAAAUCCAGGUGACUGAAGAGGUAACUGAGGAAGAGGAGGCCGAGAAGAGAGAGGAAGCGGACGGGGAGGAAGAAAAGGCCAAGUCCCCAGAAAAGGAGAGGGCAGCGUCUCCAGAGAAGGAGGAAGCCAAAUCUCCAGAGGAGGCCAAGUCUCCUGGGAAGGAUGAGGCCAAGCGACCAGACAGAGAACCUGCCCCCCCAAAAGAAACCAAGGCAGCUGUAAAAGAAGAGCGACCCGCAGAGGGUGGGGAGAGAGCCCCAGGCAAACCACAAGUGGAGACAGAAGAAAGCAAGAAAGAGGAGGGGCCGAAAAAGGAAACCCCAGCCAAGGAGCCCCACAAACCAGAGCCAAAGGCAGAAGAGGAGAAAGCUGCCACGCCUGAGCCCCCUGCCCCCGAGAAGGAGCCUGCCAAACCAGCCCCCAAGCCUGCCAAAGAGCAGGGGGAGGAGGAAGCUGCCAAGCAGAAGCCUGAGCUGAAGCCUCAGGUAAAGGAAGGCAAAGCCAAGGAGCCUGAGAAGCCAAAGCCUGAGGAAAAGGAAGAACCUAAAAAGGAGAAGGCUGAGCCCCACGUGGAGGAGACCCCCAAAGCCGAAGCUAAACCCAAAGAGGCGCCCAAGGCUGCCAAGCCAGAGCCCAAAGACACCAAGGAGACCCCCAAGGCGGAGACACCCAAAGAGGCGCCCAAGGCUGCCAAGCCAGAGCCCAAAGACACCAAGGAGACCCCCAAGGCGGAGACACCCAAAGAGGCGCCCAAGGCUGCCAAGCCAGAGCCCAAAGACACCAAGGAGACCCCCAAGGCGGAGACACCCAAAGAGGCGCCCAAGGCUGCCAAGCCAGAGCCCAAAGACACCAAGGAGACCCCCAAGGCGGAGACACCCAAAGAGGCGCCCAAGGCUGCCAAGCCAGAGCCCAAAGACACCAAGGAGACCCCCAAGGCGGAGACACCCAAAGAGGCGCCCAAGGCUGCCAAGCCAGAGCCCAAAGACACCAAGGAGACCCCCAAGGCGGAGACACCCAAAGAGGCGCCCAAGGCUGCCAAGCCAGAGCCCAAAGACACCAAGGAGACCCCCAAGGCGGAGACACCCAAAGAGGCGCCCAAGGCUGCCAAGCCAGAGCCCAAAGACACCAAGGAGACCCCCAAGGCGGAGACACCCAAAGAGGCGCCCAAGGCUGCCAAGCCAGAGCCCAAAGACACCAAGGAGACCCCCAAGGCGGAGACACCCAAAGAGGCGCCCAAGGCUGCCAAGCCAGAGCCCAAAGACACCAAGGAGACCCCCAAGGCGGAGACACCCAAAGAGGCGCCCAAGGCUGCCAAGCCAGAGCCCAAAGACACCAAGGAGACCCCCAAGGCGGAGACACCCAAAGAGGCGCCCAAGGCUGCCAAGCCAGAGCCCAAAGACACCAAGGAGACCCCCAAGGCGGAGACACCCAAAGAGGCGCCCAAGGCUGCCAAGCCAGAGCCCAAAGACACCAAGGAGACCCCCAAGGCGGAGACACCCAAAGAGGCGCCCAAGGCUGCCAAGCCAGAGCCCAAAGACACCAAGGAGACCCCCAAGGCGGAGACACCCAAAGAGGCGCCCAAGGCUGCCAAGCCAGAGCCCAAAGACACCAAGGAGACCCCCAAGGCGGAGACACCCAAAGAGGCGCCCAAGGCUGCCAAGCCAGAGCCCAAAGACACCAAGGAGACCCCCAAGGCGGAGACACCCAAAGAGGCGCCCAAGGCUGCUCAGACCAAGGCAGAGAAGGUGGAGAAGUCCUCCGGCACAGACUCGAAAGAGGGCAAACCUGCGGAGAAGGCUGCUGCGGCAGGCAAACCCGAGAAGUGAAGAGACCGCUGGAGCUUGGCCACCAGAGAACCUGUAGUGCUCCCUGCCAGGCGGCCCACUGUCUUUGUUCCCCAAGGUGAGACUUGGCCUCGUUGCGGGUGCCUCCCCGCUGAGCCCCGGCUCAGAGGUUAGCAAUACGUGCAGCGCCCGGCCGAGCCGUGGCUGUUACGAUAGCUUCAGUAGCAGAAUACAAUAUAUGCAGAAUGCCACAUUUAAGCACCCGAAUGAUUAAGCACCCCCCCCAGUAAGAGCAGACAUUCCCUGUCUGCAGCCGACGGAUGGCAGUGCAGGGAGGUAGAAAGGCGGAGCUGACACAGCCACGGGCGAACCCCCGCGUAGCCCAGCCCGCUGCGGCUGCCAGCAGAGGGAAGCAGGCCUGACACGCUGAAAUACAAAGUGCACUGUAGGGACUCAAGGCCACGUUCCACUGCUUCUGUGCAAUCAGAAAUAAACAGCUUAUAGACAA